AUGGCGGCGGCGGGACGGGGUAGGAAGCGGGCCCCGCGGGCUCAGCUUGCUGCCCCGCCCCGCGAAGAUGAUGCUUUAGAUGAGGCCACAAGGAAAGACCUUUUCACUGACACUUUCUGUAAGCUUUGCGGAGCGGUGCUGCAGUCCGAGUCUCAAAGGACAUCACACUAUGAGGGCAAAAAGCAUGCUCAGAAACUUCGUGUUUACAUCCAAAUGCAUGGUAAGAAAGAUGAGAGGCAGAAGCACAGCAAACGGAAAAGAGAUUGUGUCUAUUUUCAGGUGGAUGAGAGUGGAGUACUGGACCAACAAAAUUACUGCAAUCUUUGCAACAUGAUUUUAACUUCGCCGGUUGUUGCUUUGUCUCACUACUUGGGGAAGAUCCACACUAAAAAGCUGAAGCAAUUAUCAAGAGGUCAAGCCCAUGUGCCAGCACAGAGCAUGCAGCCUGUUUCUGCUUUACAGAAGCCAUCGGCUGAGAUGUCCUUGCUGCCUUCAAAUGCUGAAGAGACUUCAUCCUCUAACAAAAGGUUGAAGUUAAAUGAUUCGGACAAGUACUGCAAGCUCUGCUGUGCUCCCUUCAAUAAUCCACUUGCAGCCCAGGAGCAUUAUACUGGGAAGAAGCACAGAAGAAAUGAAGCACGGAAAAAGAUCCUGGAGGAGCUAGGAGACACAGCUGUCCCUGUAGAGUUCCGCACAUGUGGUUUCUUCUUUUCAGCAGUUGGAGUUGGUUAUUACGUGUGCGGCGUAUGUAACAUUGCACUUACAUCUAUAGAAACGUACAAGUUCCAUGUGCAAGGAAAUAAGCACCGGAAUAAAGAAACAGCACUUAACAAGCUAACGAAGAAAUCAAAGAAAACACAUGUUUCCUUUCAAGGUGAAUUUAUGGAUUGCAUUCAAGUUCAGGAAGCUCGAAGUCUAGAGCAAAGAAGCUAUUUAAGAAAAGCGGAAGAGUUUCAAGAUAAAAACAUUGGAGGAGGCAGUGACCUCUGUGAAGUUAUAUCUUCAAAGUUUAAGUGUGAACAAGGCCAGCGUUCCAGCCUUUUCUCAAAAACCCAGUUACCUGCAAAUACUGGGGAAAACAGAUUGCCAGGCUGGCCAUCAGUUUCUGAGCAUGUGCUAGAAAAGAAACCCAGUUGUCACUAUAACAAGGUAUGCUGUAAAGAAGAGCAAGCAUCUGAAGUGUUCACCAUCAGAGAGAGCUUCAGCCUGUCGGUUGCAGAAUCUAAAAACCUCUACAAACCUAUGCUUGCUGAAACUUCUACCAGCUCCUACAGAGAACAGAAAUUUCAGGUAAAACAUUUUGAGGUGCAAAAAUACCUCUGUGAAGAGCUGAAGUAUGAGACAGAAGCCGCAAAGCAGAAAAGAAAGAAGAAAAAUAGUGAAGGUACAGAUUUUAGAAAAGAAAAUGAGAAGCAGAAGAGAAUUAAAUUAGAGACAGAUGUCAUAAAUGAGAAGAAGUCAGUGCCCUGUAAAGGCAAAAGACUUAAAGAAAACCCUGCUAAGAAAGAGAGAAAAAAGAACAACAAGGAUAAGAAGCCACAAACGGAUGGCAAAAUUGAAGAGGAGAUACUUUGGGAUGAAUCUAUCUUGAGAUAUUUCUAA